AUGAAUCGAACUGAGAACGUGCUGUUCAGAAAACCACGACGAAAUAAAAGCGAUUUGGAACAAAAAACAAGUGUAAAAAUACGUACACAACCUCCGUUAAAACGUCCACCAAAUGUCAGAGGACAAAAAGUUCACCCUAAGCUAUACCCCGAUCCAUCGCGAUCCCAAUCAAUUCGUCUUCCACCACUUUCAAGAAGAUUGACGCAACAAGUACAAAAUGUAUUUCUGACCCAACUUCCACCGAACGCUCCCAAUCAAGAUUUUCUGGUAUCCAAAAAACUGCGCAUAUCUGACGCAUGUGUGGAUCGGAAGAAUUUCUACAAUGCCCAUAAAAGUACUAGUGAACACAAUCCGACAGGGUUGCCGCAGGCGAUCAGAUCGAUUCAAAUGGAACCGGAUUUACCCGAUUUCGAUCGGAGAGCUCCGCUCUUACACAGCCUGAUCGAAGUUGCUCGGGAAAUCAAGGUGGCCCUCGAGAAAGCUCAUCACAUAAAUAUAGAAUGCGUGGUGCAGCAAAUGCCCAAAUAUGAUCCUUCUGUUCCACUGAGAUGCGGUCCACGACAUGAGAUUAUUGUCAUGGAAUUGGGCGAUAACUCAUCAGGGGAUAAACCUGGACCAAUAAGGUAA